AGGCACAGAGGACUUGCAUACGGGACGAGAACAACCAGGCAUGAAGCUCGCCCUCUUCCUUCACCUGUUCUUGCCCCUGAUGUUCCUGACAGGUCUCUGCUUCUCCUUUAACCUGGAUGUGCAUCACCCACGCAUGUUCCCAGGGCCACCAGAGGCUGAAUUUGGAUACAGUGUUUUACAGCAUGUUGUGGGUGGACGACGAUGGAUGCUGGUGGGUGCCCCCUGGGAUGGGCCUUCUGGAGAUCGGAGAGGGGAUGUUUAUCGUUGUCCCAUAGGGGGCGCUCACAGUGCCCCAUGUGCCAAGAGCCACUUGGGUGAUUAUCAACUGGGAAAUUCGUCUCGUCCUGCUGUGAAUAUGCACCUGGGGAUGUCUCUACUGGAGACGGAUGGCAAUGGGGGAUUUAUGGCCUGUGCCCCUCUUUGGUCUCAUGCUUGCGGCAGCUCUGUCUUCAGUUCUGGGAUAUGUGCCCGUGUGGAUGCUUCAUUUCGGCCUCAGGGAAGCCUGGCACCCACUGCCCAACGCUGCCCCACAUACAUGGAUGUUGUCAUUGUCCUGGAUGGCUCCAACAGCAUCUACCCUUGGUCUGAAGUUCAGACCUUCCUGCGAAGGCUGGUUGGAAGACUAUUUAUUGAUCCAGAGCAGAUUCAGGUGGGAUUGGUACAGUAUGGGGAAAGCCCUGUACAUGAGUGGUCCCUAGGAGAUUUCCGAACUAAGGAAGAAGUGGUGAGAGCAGCAAGAAACCUCAGUCGACGGGAGGGGCGAGAAACGAAGACUGCCCAAGCGAUCCUGGUGGCCUGCACAGAAGGGUUCAGUCAGAGCCGUGGAGGCCGACCAGAGGCUGCCAGAUUACUCGUGGUAGUCACCGAUGGAGAGUCCCAUGAUGGAGAGGAGCUUCCCGCAGCACUGAAGGCCUGCGAAGCUGGCAGGGUGACACGCUAUGGGAUUGCGGUCCUGGGUCACUAUCUGAGGAGGCAGCGUGACCCCAGCUCCUUCCUGAAGGAGAUCAGAGCUAUUGCCAGUGAUCCGGAUGAGCGAUUUUUCUUCAAUGUCACUGAUGAGGCUGCACUCACUGACAUUGUGGAUGCACUAGGAGACCGGAUUUUUGGUCUUGAGGGAUCCCAUGGAGAAAAUGAAAGCUCCUUUGGCUUAGAAAUGUCUCAGAUUGGUUUUUCUACUCAUCAGCUAAAGGAUGGGAUUCUCUUUGGGAUGGUGGGAGCCUAUGACUGGGGGGGCUCAGUGCUAUGGCUUGAAGAAGGCCACCGCCUUUUCCCUCCACGAACGGCCCUGGAAGAUGAGUUCCCCUCAGCACUGCAGAACCAUGCGGCCUAUCUAGGUUACUCUGUGUCCUCUAUGCUUUUGCCGGGUGGACGUCGCCUCUUUCUCUCAGGGGCUCCUCGGUUUAGGCAUCGAGGAAAAGUCAUCGCCUUCCAGCUUAAGAAAGAUGGGACUGUGAAGGUUGCCCAGAGCCUCCAGGGGGAGCAGAUUGGCUCCUACUUUGGCAGUGAGCUCUGUCCGUUGGAUACGGAUAGGGAUGGAACAACUGAUGUCUUGCUUGUGGCUGCCCCCAUGUUCCUGGGACCCCAGAACAAGGAGACAGGACGUGUUUAUGUGUACCUGGUAGGCCAGCCGUCCUUGUUGAACCUCCAAGGAACACUUCAGCCUGAACCACCCCAGGAUGCUCGGUUUGGCUUUGCCAUGGGGGCUCUUCCUGACCUGAACCAAGAUGGCUUUGCUGAUGUGGCAGUGGGGGCACCCCUGGAGGAUGGGCACCAGGGAGCCUUGUACCUGUAUCAUGGAAGCCAGGGUGGACUCAGGCCACGUCCUGCCCAGCGAAUUGCUGCUGCCUCCUUGCCACAGGCCCUCAGCUACUUUGGCCGAAGUGUGGACGGCCGGCUCGAUCUAGAUGGAGAUGACUUGGUAGAUGUGGCUGUGGGUGCUCAGGGCACAGCCAUCCUGCUCAGUUCCCGGCCUAUCGUUCACCUGGCCCCGUCAUUGGACGUGACCCCUCCAGCCAUCAGCGUGGUGCACAGGGACUGUAAACGGCGAGGCCAGAAGGCAGCCUGUGUGAGCGCAGCCCUUUGCUUCCGAGUGACAUCCCGCACACCCGGUCGCUGGGACCGGCGGUUCCAUAUCCGAUUCACAGCAUCACUGGACGAGUGGACAACCGGAGCCCGUGCAGCAUUCGACGGUUCGGGUCAGAGGCUGUCCCCUCGGCGGCUCCGGCUCAGUGUGGGGAACGUCACUUGUGAGCAGCUGCAUUUCCACAUGCUGGAUACAUCAGAUUACCUCCGGCCAGUGGCUUUGACUGUGACCUUUGCCUUGGACAACACCACGAAACCAGGGCCUGUGUUGGAUGAAGGUUCACCUACCUCUAUCCGCAAGUUGAUCCCCUUCUCAAAGGACUGUGGUCCUGACAAUGAAUGUGUCACAGACCUGGUGGUUCGAGCUAAUAUGGAUAUCAGAGGCUCCAGAAAGGCCCCAUUUGUGGUUCGAGGUGGCCGGCGCAAAGCCGUGGUGUCAGCCACCCUGGAGAACAGGAAGGAGAAUGCCUACAACACUAGCCUGAUUCUCAGCUUCUCCAGAAACCUCCAUCUGACCAGCCUCACUCCCCAGAGGGAUAGCCCCGUGAAGGUGGAGUGCACAGCCCCUUCUGCUCACAGCCGGCUCUGCAGCGUGGGACAUCCUGUGUUCCAGGCUCGAGCCAAGGUCACCUUUCUGAUAGAGUUUGAGUUUAGCUGCUCCUCCCUCCUGAGCCAGGCCACCGUGAGGCUGACUGCCACCAGCAAUAGCCUGGAGACAAACACCACACUUCAAGACAACACGGCCCAGACCUCAGCCUACAUUCAAUAUGAGCCCCACCUCCUGUUUUCUAGUGACUCCACCCUGCACCGCUAUGAGGUUCAGCCAUAUGGGACCCUCCCUGUGGGUCCUGGCCCUGAAUUCAAAACUACUCUUAGGGUUCAGAACCUUGGCUGCUAUAUGGUCAGAGGCCUCAUCAUCUCAGCCCUCCUUCCAGCUGUGGCUCAUGGGGGCAAUUACUUCCUGUCACUGUCUCAAGUCAUCACUAGCAACGCAAGCUGCACGGUGCAGAACCUGACCGAGGCCCCAGGGCCCCCCGUGCAUCCAGAAGAACUUCAGCAUACAAGCAGACUGAAUGAGAGCAAUACCCGCUGUCAGGUUGUGCGGUGCCACCUUGGGCAGCUGGCCAAGGGGACUGAGGUGUCCAUCGGACUGCUGAGGCUGAUUCACAAUGAAUUUUUCCGGAGGGCCAAGUUCAAGUCCCUGACAGUGGUCAGCACAUUUGAACUGGGAACUGAAGAGGGCAGUGUCCUACAGCUGACUGAAGCCUCACGUUGGAGUGAGAGCCUGCUGGAGGUGAUCCAGGCCCGGCCGGUCCUUAUCUCCCUGUGGAUCCUCGUGGGCAGUGUGCUGGGAGGGCUGCUGCUGCUUGCCCUCCUCAUCUUCUGCCUGUGGAAGCUUGGCUUCUUCGCCCGUAAGAAAAUCCCUGAGGAAGAAAAAAGAGAAGUUGGAGCCACGAAUGUAGAAUAAGGCGCUGCAAGGUCCUUCCUGGCAGCUUCUUCAAGAGACUGGCAUGAGAGCAGAGGGUUGGAGGGCUCCGAUGGGACAAGCGGCGGCCUUUGGACUGGCUCCCCAGACCUGCAGCCCGCGCAUGCUUUUGAGGUGUGAGGAUGCUGUUGGCUGGAGAUGAGGCUUUACCUCAGACGAGCAGGGCUGGCACCCAAACCAGGCCAACUCACAGCCUGUGCCUUCCUGCUCCUCAGCAUCCCCAUUCCACGGCCAACAUUGGCGUCUUUGUUUGGGUGCCUUUCUUCCCAUUGCCAGCAAUCAA